AUCGAGUUGUCAGCAAAAAUUCGUUUCUCGUUCGUCGUGUUCUGUUCUGCAGCAGUGAGCGAGAGUGGGUUGAUUGAUUCGCGUGCGCUUGAUUGAAAAGUUUUCUUUCCUAAUAAAAUCAAAUAAUCUGAGUGAAAAGUCUGCCAAUCAACCGCGGCGUGUCCCUUCGCUGCCCGUAGCUUCGUCUGCGCUUCUGCGUCUUACCUGCGGAGGUCUACCCGUCAAUCAUCGGAGUGAACGGAAGUGACAUUAGCGUACCAAGAGUGUGUAAAUCCUUUGGGAGUGUGAUUUUGCCACCCAUUAGGACGGUGCGAAAAAACUGGAUAAUCAGGUGGUCAGAAAUUCCAGGUUGAAAUUGCCACCAUGGCUAGCGGAUACCUUACGAAGCAGCACCUUGCGGGAUUCGAUACUUACAAGUAUAGCGCCCGUGAUACUUCGCCCUUGAGUAUCUAUGUGAUGCAUCCAUUCUGGAAUUGGUUAGUGGAGUAUUUUCCAAAAUGGGUUGCACCGAAUUUGAUGACAUUUGCCGGCUUCUUGUUUACGGUGCUAAACUUUGCCGUGCUCUCUUGGUACGACUGGGGAUUCUGGGCCAGCACGGACUGCGAGAACUGCACACCGAUCCCCCGCUGGUUCUGGCUCAUGGCAGCGGUAAACAUAUUCCUCGCGUACACCCUGGACGGUAUCGACGGCAAACAGGCCCGCCGGAUAGGGCUCUCCGGACCGCUGGGGGAGCUGUUUGAUCACGGGCUGGAUUCCUAUUCGGCGUUCUUCAUUCCUGCCUGUUUGUAUAGUAUUUUCGGCCGAGGGGAACUGUCGGUGCCACCGAUCCGAAUGUACUACAUCAUGUGGACGAUCUUUUUCAACUUUUAUCUCUCGCACUGGGAAAAGUAUAACACGGGCGUGCUGUACCUGCCAUGGGGGUACGAUUUGGGCAUGUGGGGAUCGGUUCUGAUGUAUCUAGCCACCUGGCAGUACGGUUACCAAAUGUGGAAGACGGAACUACCGUGGAACAUUUCCGCCGGUCAGUUGAUGGAGUUGUGUCUGCAUGUGAGCGCCAUGUCCAACCUGCCGAUGGUGGUGUACAAUAUGUACCGGUCGUACAAGGAUCGUACCGGAAAGAUGCGUACGAUGAAGGAAGCCCUGCGACCACUUUUCACUUACGGAACGUUCAUGUUCGUUUCGCUGCUGUGGGUGUUCGUAUCGCCAAAUGACAUUAUGAAUAAGGACCCACGUGCGGUUUACAUUCUCAGCGGGACGAUCUUCAGCAACAUAAGUUGCCGACUUAUUGUGUCGCAAAUGUCCAAUACAAUUAUGGAAACAUUCAACUGGAUGACUGGAGUGCUGUGCAUUGCAGUACUAAUGAGUGUUUCAAUGCCUGCCAUUGAACGACCACUACUAUAUCUAUUAGUAAUCGGUAGUUCUCUGGCACAUUGGCAUUAUGGAUCUGUUGUGGUACAACAAAUGUGUGAACACUUCAAUAGGGUAUGCUUUAAGGUAACGAAACCAAAGGAAAUCAAACAAUAAACUCACAAGUCAAUUUAGGGGUUGGCUCAGGAUUGUAUCCAAAAAUACAAAUUACAAAGCAGCAUCACAAAGUGGGUGCUUAAAAAGUGAAAUUUAUGGUUAACUGUAUAGAUAGGACGCAAAUUAAAAAAACAAGCGGAAAGAAAACAUCACCUUAAUUAAGCAUAAUUUAUUUUAGCAGCUACCUUGUGACUACCGUAGUUUUGUUCUUAAUGGUUUGAACCAGUUAAUGUUGAAACUGCAUUUAUAGCUAUGAAAUACCUCACCGAUUUAAGUUAUAUUACAUAAAUUGCAAUUAUGCUAACAGUGAACACCUCUCGAAAAUAUAAUUUUCUCGUUUUAGUCUACUACUAAUAGAAUGUUAUUCCAAAGAGCUGCUUUGUGAGAGACAAAGUGAUGAAUUAGAGCACUGCGUAACACGAACAGAUAUUUUUUCGAAAAGUUGUCAUGACAAACAUCUCGACAAUUAGAAGCGAUAGCGGUCAGAAACUAAGUUAUAUUACGUCAUAGCUUAAUUUAAUUCUUUUUCAUUUCUUGGUAGCUUCGGUUUUCCAUUUAUUUGUGUGCCAUUCUAGUUUCAUCGACAAAUCUUAGUAUUUUUAUUAGGUCGUAUAUUUUUAAACUUGAUUUCAUCACAAUAAAAAGUGUAUGCUUCCAACGUAUUUAGCAAGUCUUUAAACAUUACUCUGAUACACAUGUAAAGUAUUUGUGGAAGAAAACUGUAAGAUAAAGCAGACACAACGUGAUUAAGAUCCUUAAAGUGUUAUGAGACGGUUGAUAGAGAGAAAAAAUAUUAGAUAGGCAUGGUCUUAGAACGAUUAAUUGUAUCUAUUCUAUCUCAAAACAAACAUGAACUACUUCCGAUCGUAUUCUAACAUGGUUACACGUCAGGAAUUGAAAACUACAAACUUAUCCUACACGUUCGAAAACAGUUGUAAGAUUUUGACUAGUAUCAUUUGCCGAUAAUGUAUUCUACUAAUGCAGUAGCUUCUUUUUAAUUUAUUGAACAAACGCAAACGCUUACUAUCGUUAUAUGUAUUAAUUGUCCGCAUGGAUUAGAAAUACACCUUCAUCGUCCUAGACACCGCUUCAGGAAUAAAAUGGACAAGCUAGCUGUCCUACUACAAGGCGCUGUGUAAUUCGCAGAUGUGUACUCCCAUAUUGCUGUUCGAACUUAUGUACUGUAUUGUCUCCGGACUAUAUAUUAAUUGGUACUGUAACGCAUCGGUUCUUGUACAUGUAUCUGCAAGUGAAUAAAUAUGAAAAUUUA